UAGCAUAAUCCAUCACAGCUGCAGACACAGCAACCAAUUCAAAACUCAAGAUGGCGUCCUCCUCGUCGGUGCUCCUUGUGGUGGCGCUGUUCGCCGUGUUCCUAGGCAGCGCGCACGGCAUCGCGAAGGUACCACCGGGCCCCAACAUCACGGCCGAGUACGGCGACAAGUGGCUGGACGCGAAGAGCACCUGGUACGGCAAGCCGACCGGCGCCGGUCCCAAGGACAACGGCGGCGCGUGCGGAUACAAGGACGUCGACAAGGCGCCAUUCAACGGCAUGACCGGCUGCGGCAACACCCCCAUCUUCAAAGACGGUCGCGGCUGUGGCUCCUGCUUCGAGAUCAAGUGCACCAAGCCCGAAUCUUGCUCCGGCGAGGCUGUCACCGUCACAAUCACUGAUGACAACGAGGAGCCCAUCGCACCCUACCACUUCGACCUCUCGGGUCACGCGUUCGGGUCUAUGGCCAAGAAGGGCGAGGAGCAGAAGCUCCGCAGCGCCGGCGAGCUGGAGCUCCAGUUCAGGCGGGUCAAGUGCAAGUACCCGGAUGACACCAAGCCAACGUUCCACGUCGAGAAGGGUUCCAACCCCAACUACCUGGCUAUUCUGGUGAAGUACGUCGACGGCGACGGCGACGUGGUGGCCGUGGACAUCAAGGAGAAGGGCAAGGAUAAGUGGAUCGAGCUCAAGGAGUCGUGGGGAGCAGUCUGGAGGAUCGACACCCCCGAUAAGCUGACGGGCCCAUUCACCGUCCGCUACACCACCGAGGGCGGCACCAAAUCCGAAGUCGAGGAUGUCAUUCCCGAGGGCUGGAAGGCCGACACUUCCUACUCGGCCAAGUGAGCAAGAAGUGAAGUGAUCUUCUUCGACGAGCUUAAUUUUGACUCAAGAUCUCAAAUAAUCCAGCCACACAUAUAUACGAGGCGGUGAGACAUACAAGCUCAUGCAUGAGUAUAUUCAUUCAUGCCGUAUAUAGAGAGGAGAGAGAUGCCUGAAUAAGAGUUUGAGAUCGACACCUUGUGAGAGGUGUGUAGGAGGCACCCAAUCAAAUUUGGUUGGCCCUCCCGCCCCACGCUGGACCUGACUGAUUAUGUAUCUAAGACUGUUCGUGAUUACUAUUCAUAGUAGCACAAAGCCUGUAUAUUGCUACGGGGUCAUAUUAAAUAAAUCAAAAGAACAACAUUGCAUACGCUUAAA